AUGGCUGUAAAUCCGAUGCCGGAGGCAGAAGAAGGCCAGCUGUUGUGGUCGGAAGUCGGCUCGAGCGACUUCUUGCAGUUCGAUUUCGGAGGGACUGCCUACGAGUCUGAGCUUAAGAGGAACCAGGCGAGGGCGAAGAACUUGUCCGCCAUCAAGUGCAUGGUUAGGACGCUUACGCCACUGGGAGGUCCCACAGAGGACUCAUCGGGCUUGAGGGUAAUGUGGAUGGAGCAUGACUUCAAGUUUUUUGGAGGCUCCCUUGGCUGUGCUGAGGGCGAGAAGCUCACACGAGGUUUCGAGUAUGCGAAGCAGCAUGGAUUGCCGGUUGUGGUGAAAUGCGCAAGUGGUGGCGCUAGGAUGCACGAAGGGACCUUGUCCUUGAUGCAGAUGGCCAAGAUUUCUUGUGCUGUCUCUGCUUUGGGAUCGGCUGGUCUUCCUUUUAUCACCUUGCUGGUGGAUCCAUGCUAUGGUGGUGUCAGUGCCUCAUAUGCGAUGCAGGCCGACGUACGCAUCGGCGCAGAGAAGGGGCGCUUAGGCUUCUCGGGCCCACAGGUGAUCCUCAACACGCAGUUUGGCAUGCAUCAGGCGACUUACGAUCGUGAAUGUCCAGACGACUUCCAGAGCAACGAGUUCGGCCUGCAUCAUGGUUUGGUUGACGUGGUGGUUCCCCCGGAUGAGAUGGAGUCCAUAGCCUGGCAGGUGCUGUCCGUGUUAGUCGGCAAGCCGCGGCCUUCCCUGGCAACACCUUCGGCGAUCACGCAGUUCCAGGGUGGCAAGCCCGUCUACGUGAACUCACGUCUCCUAAGUCGAUACGACUCCUCGGACAUUUUGAAGGAGCUCGCCGUUCGAUUUAUCGACCUUGGGGGUGAUGGCAAAGGCCCGAAUGGUCUUGACAGGUGCUUGCGCUGUGGCCUUGCGACCCUCCAGAGUGGCCGCAGCGUCGUGGUCAUGCGAUGUUGCAAGGGCCACACUCCCACAGAUCGAGAGCAUCACAACCAUGCAAUGCCCGCUCCUGCGGGCUACAGGACGGCCUUGAGGUUCUUCGACCUGGCAGAGCGAUUUAACCUGCCAGUGGUCACACUUGUGGACACGGUCGGAGCUUGGCCAUCCUUUGCCGCAGAGACAGCAGGACAGAGCGAGGCGAUUGCAACGAAUCUAACCAAGAUGGGCGGGCUCAAAGUGCCCAUCGUGACCAUUAUUGUCGGUGAGGGCGGCUCUGGGGGCGCACUGGCCAUUGCCAUGGGGAACAAGAUCGGAAUGCUCUCCCAGGCAUAUUACUCCACCAUCACGCCGGAAGGUGCGGCUUCCAUCUUAGGUCGGUACAAAGACGAUGAUCACAAGAAGGUGCAAUUUCCGGAGGAUUGUCUCGCCCUUGCGUCCAAGCAGAACAUCUAUGCACCACAAUUGAAGGAGCUGGGUGUCAUCGAUGAGGUGAUUUGGGAGAAAGAGGGAGAGGACUGCAAGUCCUUCCCUGGGACAAUGGGCAACAUCAGUGCCUUCGUGGAAUCGAGUCUUCAGGAACUCGCGCAGAUGGAUUCUGCGAAGCUCGUGGAUCAGCGGUACCAGAAAUUUCGGAGCAUGGGGAAGUUCAAAGAGUACACUCCGGAGGAAAGGGAGGCGCUCACAUCCGCUCCGGCAGAGGAGAAGCCCAAGAAGAAGCGCGUGGUGCCGCCACCGCCGAAGAUCUUGAACUUCCUGACAGAGAGAACCAUCAAGGGGGCCCAUUCCUUCUUCAAGGGAAAAGGUCCCUCCGGAUGCCCCGACCACUGCUAUCUCAAGGUCGAGCCGGUCCCUGCGGCGAAGCCCGAGCGAAAUGCCAAGCAGAUCCUCGAUGAGGAAGGGCCCGAAGCCAUGGCGAGGUGGGUUCGAGCCACUUCCAAGGAGCGUGUCUUGCUCACGGACACCACGCUGCGUGACGCUCACCAGUCCCUGGUCGCCACGCGCAUGAGGACCGCCGACAUGCUCAAAGCUGCUCCCGAGAUGAGCAAACACUUGCACCAAUACUUCUCCCUGGAGUGCUGGGGCGGUGCCACCUUCGACGUUGCGUAUCGCUUCCUGAAUGAGGAUGCCUUUAGGCGGCUUGAAGAGCUUCGAGCGGCAAUCCCGAACAUUUGCACACAGAUGCUGCUGCGUGGUGCCAACGGGGUCGGCUACAAGUCGUAUCCCGACAAUGUGGUCGAAGAGUUUGUGCGCCAGGCGGCCACGUCGGGCAUGGACGUAUUCCGGAUUUUCGAUUGCUUCAACGACAUUGAGCAGAUGAAGGUCUCAAUCCAGGCCGUACGUAAGAUGAAGAAGGUGGCUGAGAUCGCCAUGUGCUUCACUGGAGACUUCUUGAGUCCGGAUGAGAAGAUCUAUACCCUCGACUACUACAAGGAUCUCUGUAAGAAGUGCGUGGAUGCUGGAGCGCACAUGAUUGCCAUCAAGGAUAUGGCCGGAUUGCUGAAACCAGCCCAUGCAGCUCCGAUGGUUCAGGUCAUCCGCUCUGUCUGUGACCUGCCCAUCCAUUUCCACACGCACAACACCUCCUCUGCACAACUCGCCACCUUGCACGCCAUGGCAGACGCUGGCUGCGACAUCGUGGAUGGCUGCUUCGCAGCCUUCGCGGAUGGCACCUCCCAGCCGUCUCUCAACGCCUUCCUCGCGACCAUGCAGGGACGUCCCAGAGAUCCGAAGAUCGACUACCGGCAACUGGAGGGCCUCGACGCCUACUGGGCCUCCGUUCGUGACAUGUACAGCCCGUUCGAGAGUGGCAUGAAGGCGAUGACAGCGCGUGUCUUCCAACACCAGGUGCCUGGUGGUCAGUACUCGAACAUGUAUGCGCAGUGCCGCUCUCUUGGUGGUGAGAACUGGGACAAGGUGCUCCAGAUGUAUGCGGAAGUCAACAUGUGGUGCGGUGACAUUGUAAAGGUCACUCCUUCGUCGAAGGCUGUGGGCGACAUUGCGCUCUUCCUGGUGAAGCAUGGAAUUGAGCCGUCCGACUUCGACAACAUCCCGAAGAUGCAGGCCCUGCAUUGGCCGCAGAGUGCCAUUGAGCUUGCUCGAGGCGAGAUGGGCACACCUCACUUCGGCUUUCCCAAGCGAAUGCAAGCCGCCAUCCUCAAGGGUCAGCUGAAGCCCAUGGAAGGUAGGCCAGGCGACACCCUGGCACCAGAGGAUUUUGAGAAGGUAAAGGAAGACAUGCGCAAGGAGUUUGGCGUGGAGACGACCAGUGAAGACCUGAACGCGUUCUUGAUGUACCCCGGCGUUUUCAGGGAUUACAAGAAGCACCUGGCGAAAGCAGGGCCCCUCGCGACGUGCCUGCCGACCCCAGCUUUCUUUUACGGUCUCCAUGCGAAUGAGACCAUUGAGUUCGAAGUCCCAGGAGCCAACAUCAUAGAAGCCGAGGAAAAGGACGAUGCUUCUCUUCCGAGGAACAAGGCCAGCAUCCAGCUCACGCGAGUGGGCCCGCUGGAGCACGACAUCAGGACUUGCGAGUGGCUCGUGGAUGGAGUCACGUACCAGGUCUCCAUCAAGGAUCCGCCGAAGACCGGGUCCUACACAGGUCCCAUGGCAGACCUGUCCAACAAAACCCACGUUGCAUGCCCACUACCGGGAAUCAUCGGCUCCGCCGUCAAGGAGGGGGACGAGCUGAAAAAGGACGACGUCCUCUUCACCAUAGUGGCCAUGAAGAUGGAGGUCGUUGUCAGAGCUCCAGCACCAUGCACCGUGGUGGAGCUCUGCGUGCACAAGGAUUCAGAGGUGGUGGAUGGAGCAUUACUAGCCAAGCUCGAACUGGAUGAGGACAAGUGCGUGUCGGAUCGAUCGCGAUCACCGCCACGAUCGAGAACGGCCGGAUAG